UAAAAGAGCGUAGAAAAGUGAGUUUUUUUUAUACAUGUGCAUAUUAAUGGUUCGAUUUUCAUUUCAAAUGGAAUCUGGUGUAUAUUUCAUCUAAAAUGGAUUCAAAAGGUGUACCAUCAUCAGAUAAAGACAAUGGUCUUGGAAUGAGAAAAUUAGAAUUCAAAGCGCAACAAAGUGAACAAAAUGCAGCUAGUAAACAAACGUCAAGUUCAGGCGAACCAAAACAACGCGUCAUCAAGCAAAUUGUUUCAUUAGAUUCGAAAAAAUUAAAAGCAUUAGGUAUUGAAUCAAAUAUUUUGUCAGCACUCACAAAAUUCAAUGUUAAAGAAAAGAAGCCAGCGACAACAGUGAAAAAUAUUGAAACGUCAACAUCAACACAACCAAAAAAUAUUGUUUUGGUUGAUAAUUCAUCACAAAAUCCAUCAACAAUUGUAGCUAAUUCAUCCACAGCACCAAGUAAUUCAAUACAAAAUCGAUUAUCGAAUCGUUCACCGAAAAGUUCACCGAAAAAAAUUCAAGUUUUAUCCAAUGUUUUGCUCAACGAAAAUAAAUUAGAUUUGAAGAUUUUUCCGGCAAUUACGUCACCAGUUCAUAGUAAAAAGUGUUCGUAUGUUUCACCGGUAUGUGUUGAUAUAAAUGAAUUAACAGCACCAAGUACGUCCGCUAUCAUUCAUCCGGAAAACGAGCAAAAAUUAACUAUCAAUAAUAAGACGCCAUCAGAACCGCCUGAGUCAAUCGUAAAACUAUCCGAAAAAUCACCAAACAAACUAGAAACGUUACGAGAAAAAACACCCGAAAAAUGUACGGAAAAGACACCAGCAAAAUUGAUAGACAAAUCACCUAUCAAAUUGUUAACGCCCUCACCGUUAAAACCUUUAGACGUAGCUGCUCCACCGAAAAACGAGACAGUUGUAAAAGACAUUACAGCAUUGAAAGGUUUUUCAUUGCCCGAACUAAAGUGUUCGCGAAAUCAAUUUGACCAUUUACAGAAUGUACAUUCAAAUGAAAAUAAUGAUGAAAAUCAGUCAGCAAACGAAAAUGAUUCCGAUACAUUGAAUGAGAGUUUGCAUAAUACAGACAUGUCAAAUAGUUCGCAAACGUCAGAUUCAUGGGACAGUGAUAGUGAGUCCGAUUUAGAUGAACUAAUCAAAGAAGCUCAAUUGACAAUCGAAAAAGAGCAAGCAUUUGAGGUAACAAACAAAACUGAGUCACAAAAUAUAACAAAGAAGCCACGUCUUGUUCAGAAGAAAUUCCUCGAUAUGUUAACCGAACAUGUGGACAAAGAUCGUUUAAUUGAUGAAUUUUUAGAUUCAACUAUUAACAGUUUUCGCACCGAAUGUAAUUCGCCGUCUGACAGUGAUUCAGAUGAUGAUCGAAUUGAAUUCGAUUCGAAUGUAGGCGGUGAUUUGCAGAACGAUCACAUCGAACCAAUGGAAGAUAGUAUAGAAAUCAAAAGCACGAAUAUUACAAAUGAUUCGAAAUGUGCUCAGAAUGAACGAUCCCAUGCAGAGGAAAAGAAUUCAAUUGUACCAAGAAAACGGAAAUGUAAUGUUGUGCCUGAGGACAGUUCAAAGCGAAAGAAGGCACAAUCGACAGAUAAUGACAAUAAUGAAAACGCCCCAGUUGAAAUACCAGAAACGAUAACAAAUGUAGAAAAAUCUAUUGAUGAUUCAAAUCUAAACCAAGUACCAGAAUCAUUGAAUGAAACCGUUCAAGAAUCAUCCGAUGAAUCUUCAAAAAAUACAUUUGAUUCAUCUCCAUCAUUAGAAGCAAUUAGCCAACCAGUAAUAUCGAAACGCGGCCGAAAGCCAAAACAAACCAUUCUAAAUGAUUAUUUUGUGGUUCAAAAUUCAAUAUUGAAUGCGACAAAGCAAUCACUGGACGAGUUGAUGAGCAGAGAAAAUAUUACAAGCGAACCGCCAAAAAGAAGCAGCAGAUUUGGCCGUGUUAUCAAACCAAAGACAUUUGACAUUGAACCAAUUACAAAAGUGAAAAAAGUACGCAAGGAAUUAUUAGUAGAAGCAAAACCAGAACCGCAAAAAGAACAACACAUUGAUGUCGAAAUAAAAACCGAAUCCAUGGCACCAAAACCGUUGAAGAAACGUGGUCGGGAUAAAAAGGUUGAAUACAUCAUUCCCGACAUUGACAUUCCAGCCCAUGAAUGUGUAAUCGAACCUGUGUUCAAUACAGAGUAUGGGGAAUCUUUCGCAAGUUCAACGCCAAUUGUUCAAUCGACAAGGGGUCGAAGAAAAUCCAUAAAACAAGUCAAUACACAACCAAUUGAUGCAAUGCCAGAGACUGUGAGCCAUGAAAAUAUAUCUUUUGAUUCAACGGAUGAACAAAUAAAUACACCAAUUGUUAUUGAGCCAACAGUGAUUCCCAGACGACGGGGAAGACCCCCUAAGAAAUCAAUAACUGCCGAAACAUUAAGACUUGCAGAAAAAUCAAACGUUUCAACGGAUAUCGAACAUACGGAAACACCUGAAAUUAUUCAAUUACAAGAAACACCGAUAAAAGACGCUCCAAAGCGACGAGGUCGUAAACCGAAUUAUUCCAUCAUUGAAAGUUCAAAUGAAACAAUACAAAAUACUUCGAAUGAUAAUGUGGCUGUUGUUAACAACAAUUCAAAUGUAUCUCAGGAUGAUCAUUUCAAAUCGCCUCAGGAAAUCAUUCCAAAGCGUCGUGGCAGAAAGAGUGCAAGCGCAACAAAUGUAUCAUUCGAUCAAACAAAUGUUUCAUCCGAAGAAACAAAUGUGUCAUCGGACGAAAAUAUUCCAUCAACAUCACAAGAAAUUCCAACGCCAAAGAAAAAGAGAGGAAGACCAAAACAAUUUCCCACAAAUUGUGCAAAAUUUAUUUGUGGCAAUUGUGAAUUAGAGAUUUUUCCAUCGAAAUGGAGAGCACAUGUGGCCAUACAUUUUGGUGUAACAUAUCGUAAGGGAAUCGAUGAGCCAAUAGAUGUUCAUGAUUCAAAUACUCAGGUUCGACUUAUGACACGAUUUAUGAAAGUGAACAAGGUACAAUAUGUGAAAUGUCCAAAAUGUAAUGAAAAGAAAAAGUCAGCGCUUGGUUACCUCAGUCAUGUUGAAAUAUGUGGAUUAACCGACGAAGAGGCAAAACAAUUGAAAGCAAAAUGUGAAUUUUGUCAAAAACUUUAUCGCAAAGUGAGUUUGGCAUCACAUCAACAAACAUUUUGUCCGGUUCGACGAUUGGAAAUGGCACAACAGCAAGCCGAUCAAUUGGUUAAAACAGCCGAAGAAGAUGAACAAGUUGUGGAAGUGGUUUAUUCGGAAAGUGGUCGUCCAAAGCGAAUGAUAAAGAAACGACAACCAAUCGCAAAGAAUGCUGAUGAAUUUAUAAAGAUCGGUUUAAAAAUCACUGGCGGCACCUUCAAAAACUGGUCAAAUCAAUUGCGCGAAGAAAAUUUCAUAAAAUGUACAAAUGAUAGCUGUGAAUACAUUGCAAGCGAUCUCGUUGAAAUACGCAAACAUUAUCUACAAUGUCGAGAGUCAAUACUUCAAUGUCGAAUAUGCUUCAAAACGGAACGGUCACGCAAUGCAAUCGUACAACAUAUCGAAACUUCACAUCCAGAAGAAUUGAAAGCACACGAAUCGGAGGAGGAUGAUAAUGAUAAUGAUGACGAUUUCAAAGGACAAUCGGCCAGCAGCAGUAGUAGUGAUGGUGAAUUUUUAGACGAAUUUGAUAUUCAAAGUGAUCGACGAAGAAAAAACAAGCCAUUAAAACGAAAACACGUUAUCCCAUUAAAACGUAUUAUGGAAGAAGAUUGUCCAGUUUAUUGGGAAAUGUUAUCAGCAUUUUAUACCCGAUUACUCAAUUCGCGGCCGGGUUUUAAUCAAAAAUCAUAUGUUUGGACAAAGGAAUUUGUUGAACAAAACUACGAUCACGAUUCAUUGGCAUUGAAAGAUCAUUUGCGAAAUACAUUUGAAAUUGUACGUCUACCACAACGUGAAGUCAAUAAAUUUCUCGGCCUUCUACGUACAAAAUCGGCAAAGUUUCUUUGUCGCACACAAAAUGAAUAUCAACGUGAAAAAUCUGAACUAAACGGCAAUGAAGAUUGGAAUAAUUUGAAUUUAUUUGAAAGCGUACAAACAACACAUACCAAAAACAAAACAUCGAUUCUAUUUUGCGGUGGAAAAGUUAUAACGGCCGAUUGGAUUCCAUUUCCGCAAGACUACAAUGGUAAUCAAAUGCUGGCGAUUGUUUCACAAGGCCCAAAUACAAAGCCAGUAAGUGAAACGAAUUGUCAACCAACGGAAAAGUGCAAAUCAUUAAUUCAAAUUUGGAGCAUUUCAACGAAUUCAACGGGCAAAGAGAUUGAGAAAACAGCAUUCAUGUAUGGCAUUGCAUAUGAAGAUGGACCAAUUGGCUCGAUAUCAUUUUGCCCAAGCGAUGCGUAUGUUGCGUCAAAACGAUUGGCCAUCGUUGCCGUACCAGAUACAAAUGGCAAUGUGAAUAUUAUCUCAAUACCCGACAAUGUAUCCAAAGCCAAAACAAAUACGUCAACAGUUAUUAAGCUAAAAGCUGACAUAAGACUUCAGAUUGGUUUGAAAAACGAAGAAAACACACCUAAAACAAUCACACAAUUAUCAUGGUCUCGGACAAAAGGUCACAAAGUGAUAUGUGCUGGCUACAAUACUGGUUUGAUUGCCAUUUGGAAUUUUGAUCAUUUAAAUUCGACAUACAUGACACACAAGGGUGCAUCGCAUGACAUAUCAAUUUUAUUACCCCAAUACACAUUAAUGGGUUCUUUAUCACUUAUAACACAAUUGGAUAUCCGUUCAGAUAACGAUGGAAAUGUUCGUUGGAUUCUUGUCGGUAGUCUUGAUCGUCGAAUGAGAUUAUAUGAUUUAGAAGAUCCUCAACUGGCACCAUUUACAUCGCCGAUAUUCAAGAGUCGCAUCAUAUCGGGAACAUGGCCACUAAAUUGGCCCAUCUAUUUGACAAUAAUCGAUGCAGCACUAACCCAACAAAAUGGUGGACUUCACAUCAAACCGAUUUUAUACACAAACAAUCAACCAACAAGUACAAACUUACUAAAUGAAUGUGAACCAAGUAAUAUUGGUUUCAGCGAUUGGUUAAAUACUGGCAUUUUUGGCAACGAAGUUGGUGACUUGUUUAUGAUUAACUUUCAACAACUUCUAUUACACGAUCGAUUCGAUGAAAGCUCUGAACAGAAAGUUCUCAGCUGUACCGACAUAUUUCUAGAUGAACAGACACCAGACGAAGAUCAACAAGCAAACACAAACGUUUGCAUUUUAUUCAAUGAUUUUGAGAACACAGUUCUUUCGCCAAAAAUGAAUACCAGAAGUCCAAUACUUAAAAUGCAUCCUUUCGGCCGAAUAACACGCGUUGCUAUCAAUCCAAAUGAAUCACAACAAAAAUUAUAUGCCAUCGGUUAUGAACUUGGAUUCUGUCGAAUUCAAUUUAUACCCGGAUAACAUCACAGUUUCAUUUCACACAAAUUAAGCGACAAUAUUUCAUUUCAAUCUGAGAAAAAAGAGCAAACACAUCAAUCCAAUUUUAUUUCUAAAUAGUUUGAUA